AUGGAUCGAACACAUGACAGCGUUACCGACUUGCGACCUACCCAAUGCAAUAUCGACAACAUCCAAGAGCCGCCCGAUGUUUCCUUUAAGCGCCAAGUCGCCGAGGAGGAGGGGGUCCUGGAUCGAACCACCCGGGUGAGGAGGGUAUUCUCCUCCGCUCAAUUCUUUGCCUUUUCGCUGGCUUACAUGGGAGCUUGGGAGGGAGUCUGCCUCAAUCUCGUAUUUGCUCUCAUGAACGGCGGGCCGCGCACGCUGUUCUUCGGCAUGGUAAUCGCCGUCGUCGGGGCUCUUGCCCAAGCGGCUUGCCUGGGAGAGAUGGCGUCCAUGAUACCCGUCGCGGGCGCCCAAUACCACUGGACCUUCCACAUGGCGCCAAAGCGCAUCAGGAUGUUCGCGACCUGGAUCCAGGGAUGGACCACAUGGUUCGGCUAUGUCGCGCUCCAGGCCGCCCUCGCCAACAUCCUCGUCGUGCAGCUGGAGACGCUGAUUUCGCUCAACUCCACGACGUAUAUUGCUGGCGGGUGGAAAACAUCUGUCCUGGUCAUCGCAUCCGCCGUCGUCCAGGGCCUCAUCAAUGCCUAUGCCUUUAGGCUGGUGCCGUGGCUUGAGACGAUCUCCAAAAUAUUGCACGUUGCGCUAUUCAUUCUCGUUCUCGUCGUGUUUGUGGUCAUGGCGCCGAAGCACAGCGCGAGUUUCUUGCUAAAGCCAAUGAUCGCCUCGGGAUGGGACCAAAAUCCAUACGUGUCUUGGCAUCUAGGCAUGCUGACAUGCGUAUUCAGUAUAACAGGAGUCGAUGGGGUGAUUCACAUGUCCGAAGAAACUCGGCAGGACGAGUCUGCGGUACCUCGGGCAAUGGUGUGGUCCAUUGCAAUCAACGGCUCGCUUGCUAUAAUUAUGGCCGCUGUCAUACUCAUCCACAUGGGUGAUGUUGAAGUAGCCUUGGGAUCGCCCAAUAUAUUUGCCACAAUCUUGCUCAACAUCACGGGGUCCAGAGCAGCCACCACGGCGAUCAUAAGCGGCUUCUUCCUGCUCGGAUUCAACAGCAGCUUGACCACCCUCAGCUCCGUGUCUCGGCUUACCUGGGCCUGGUCUCGCGAUGGCGGCCUCCCCGCCUACUUCAUCUAUCUUGACCCGAAGCACCGUACACCCGUUCGGUGCGUCUGGCUGAGUGUCGUCUUGGUUUCUCUCAUUUGCCUGUUGAAUCUUGGCUCCCCGGGCACUAUCGCGUUUCAUGCCAUCACCUCCCUAUCGGCAUUUGCAUUCUUCUUCAGCUACUCAGUCGCCAUCGCCUGUCUCCUGUAUGCUCGUUUGGCAGGGAACAUCACCUUGGGCGAGUGGAAUAUGGGAAAAUGGGGAAUCCCGGUGAGCCUGUAUGCUCUGGUGUACAGUCUCUACAUCAUGGUGUUCCUACCAUUCCCUUCGGUGCUUCCUGUCAAUGCUAACUCCAUGAACUAUAUGGGACCGGUGUUUGGAUUCGUUCUAUUCGUGGUUGUUAUGUGGUGGUUCCUCCAUGGAAGGAGGCAUUGGCCAGGGCCGAACUUGACAAUUAUGGAAUAUGUAGUAAUCCAUUCGUAG